AUGAAUAAUUAUCAUAUUUACGAGGAAAUUGGAAGAGGCAAAUAUUCAGUAGUAUAUAAAGGUCGAAAAAAAAGAUCAAUAGAAUAUAUGGCGGUUAAAUCAUUAAAAAAAUGUCGCCGAAAUAAGGUUCUAAAUGAAGUAAAAAUAUUUCAUUGUUUAAACCAUCAAAAUAUAAUGAAAUAUUAUAAUUGGUAUGAAACUCGAAAUCACUUAUGGAUUAUAUUUGAAUAUUGUUCAGGGGGAGAUUUAUUAACAUUAAUUGAAUAAGAUAAAAAAUUACCAGAGUAAUUAAUAAAAAAUUUAGCAAGAGAUUUAACAGCAGCCUUAUAAUAUCUGCAUUCUAAAGGAAUAAUAUAUUGUGAUUUGAAACAUCUAAUGUUUUAUUAAACGAAUAUGGAUAAUUAAAGAUAUGUGACUUUGGUCUAUCAAGAAGAAUAGUUGAUAUGA